GGCCGGUCCCUAGGUUAAUGCAGAGGCGGUGUGAGAAUCCGAAACAGCUGGGCCCGGCUGGGAUUGCCGGUGUACGCGCUAGCGAGUCCAAGCGUGUGAGUGGCUGUGGCGCCUCCGGCUCACCGGCGGCGUGCCUUUCCUCGCAGGAGUUAAACUGCGCUCAGUUGAGUCAGCAAAACUGCGAGGAGGUGGGUGAUUAGAAGUUGUAAAAGUAAGACUUACCUGUUUCUCCCCAUCUGUACCUUCUUUGCUUGCGGCAGUACUGCAUUCACUUAGUCUUGGAGGUUUAUUGACGUCAAAAUGUCUCAAAAAAUCCAUGGCAGUUCUGUGGUAGAGAUGCAAGGAGAUGAAAUGACACGAAUCAUUUGGGAGUUGAUUAAAGAAAAACUCAUUUUUCCCCAUGUGGAACUGGACCUGCACAGCUUUGAUUUAGGCAUAGAGAAUCGUGAUGCCACUAAUGACCAGGUCACCAAGGAUGCUGCUGAAGCUAUAAAAAAGUACAACGUGGGUGUCAAGUGUGCUACCAUCACUCCCGAUGAGAAGAGGGUUGAGGAGUUCAAGUUGAAACAAAUGUGGAAAUCGCCAAAUGGCACCAUCCGAAAUAUUCUGGGUGGCACUGUCUUCAGGGAAGCAAUUAUCUGCAAAAAUAUCCCCCGGCUUGUGAGUGGAUGGGUAAAACCCAUCAUCAUAGGUCGUCAUGCUUAUGGGGAUCAGUAUAGAGCAACCGAUUUUGUUGUUCCUGGGCCUGGAAAAGUAGAGAUAACCUACACACCAAGGGAUGGAUCCCAAAAAUUGGCAUACCUGGUACAUAACUUUGAAGAGGGCGGUGGUGUUGCUAUGGGGAUGUACAAUCAAGAUAAGUCAAUCAAAGAUUUUGCCCACAGUUCUUUCCAGAUGGCUCUGUCUAAGAGUUGGCCUCUGUAUCUGAGCACCAAAAACACAAUUCUGAAGAAGUAUGAUGGGCGUUUUAAAGACAUCUUUCAAGAAAUAUAUGACAAGCAGUACAAAUCCCAAUUUGAAGCCCAAAAGAUCUGGUAUGAGCAUAGGCUUAUUGAUGACAUGGUGGCUCAGGCUAUGAAAUCCGAGGGAGGGUUCAUCUGGGCCUGUAAAAACUACGAUGGGGACGUGCAGUCGGACUCUGUGGCCCAAGGUUAUGGCUCUCUUGGCAUGAUGACCAGUGUGCUGGUUUGUCCAGAUGGCAAGACAGUAGAAGCAGAGGCUGCCCAUGGCACCGUAACACGUCAUUACCGCAUGUACCAGAAAGGACAGGAGACAUCCACCAAUCCCAUUGCUUCCAUUUUUGCCUGGACCAGAGGGUUAGCCCACAGAGCUAAACUUGAUAACAAUAAAGAGCUCAGCCUCUUUGCGAAGACUUUGGAAGAAGUCUGUGUUGAAACCAUUGAGGCUGGCUUCAUGACCAAGGAUUUAGCUGCUUGUAUUAAAGGCUUACCCAAUGUGCAACGUUCUGACUACUUGAAUACAUUUGAGUUCAUGGACAAACUUGGAGAAAACUUGAAUAUAAAACUAGCUCAGGCCAAACUUUAAGGUCAUUCCUCAACUUAAGAAAAUUGUUUCUUGGUAACUAGGUCCACUGGUUUACAUUUUUCUGUGUAACACUCAAGGGUAAAGGCAGAAUCACUUUUGUAAUUUGUUUAGAAGUCAAAGUUUAUCUUUUCUAUACGUUUACAGCCUUUUCCUUAAACACACAAUUAUGCCACCUUCAUGAAUGUGGCAGGGGACUUUUUAAAAUUUUAUUUUCUACCAGUAGCCUAGGAAUUACUUGAGUGCUCAUUUGUUCUCGCUGUCACUUUAUCUCAUGUUCCCAUACAAAUGACCAAAAUGAAAAGUGCUUGAAAGGGCAAGCUAUGGCCACAGCAUUGCUCCUGAAAACACAAAAAUACGUGUCAAGUAGAAAUUUACUCCCUUCCCCACCUUCCAUGGCCUGGGGGCACUGGGUGGUUUUGGUAUAACAGAUACCCCAUUAUGUGAAGUAGAGCUGUCUGGUAAACUUGUGCCUGAUUGAGACUGAAGGGGAUGGUUGUAACUAAAACAUGUUGAAGACAGAAGUCAUUUUUAUAAAGAGCUCUUCUUGAAUGUUUUGGAAAUACUAAAUAUUUUUGAGGUCACUGGACAGUUUGGAAUCCAGAGCAAAUAGUACUUGGGGUUUGUCCUCUGUGUUUGUCUCCUCCUCCUGGCCUUGUGUGACUUGAGUAUAUUAUGUGACCCUGAACAGCAUAUUUCAUCCAGUGCAAUAAUACAAGCUGCACCUCUUUGAACCUCUUGCUAGCCUGUGUUAUUUCCUUUAUAUAAAUGUGAUUUUUCAGAAGUUAAUUUUAAACACUAGUCUGUUCUUCAUUUAAAGUUAAAGUUUUAAUUUGAAUUAAAAGUAAGUGCUAAU